AUGGCUUUGCUGGGGCUGCUCGUCCUGCUGGCCCUGGCCGGGCCCGGGGGCACCUGGGACACCUGCAGGGGCACCUGUGGGCUCCGGCCCUUGGAUUCCGACCGCAGCUCUGCUGCUGGUACGUCCCGUGUGGGUGUCACCAGUGUCCAGCCCGGGGCCUGGCCCGGCAUCGUCAGCAUCCAGCCACCUGGGAGACGAAAACGCACGUGGCACAUGUGCACGGGUGUCCUCCUCAGCUCCCAGUGGGUGCUCACGGUCGCACACUGCUUCGCCAGGGCCAGGGGCAUCUCCAUGUGGGAUGUGGUGAUUGGGGCCAUAGAUCUGAGACAGCCAGGCCCUGAGGCUGUGGUGAGACGCAUCCAGAGGCUUCUGGUGCACCAGCACUACGUGGCUGCCACGGCCAGGAACGACAUUGCCCUGGUGGAGCUGGAGCAGCCCGUGGAGUGCAGCGACUACAUCCAGCUGGGCUGUGUGCCCGACGCCUCGCUCAGGGUCUCGGAGCUGAAAUCCUGCUACAUCGCCGGCUGGAACUUUGCCAGAGCUCAGGGACCAAACAUGGUGCUGCAGGAGGCAAAGGUCCACCUCAUGGACACAGAGCUCUGCAACAGCAGCCGGUGGUACGCGGGGGCUGUUCAUGCUGACAACCUGUGUGCUGGGUACCCGCAGGGCGGCAUUGACACCUGCCAGGGGGACAGCGGGGGUCCCCUCGUCUGCAAGGACAAUGAAGCUGACUACUACUGGCUGGUGGGAUUGAACAGCUGGGGAAGAGGCUGUGACAGAGCCAGGCACCCCGGAAUCUACACCUCCACUCAGCACUUCUACAACUGGAUCCUGAUCCAGACGAGCCUGAGCCCUGCAGACAUCAGUGGUACAGCACCGGAGCCAAAGUGCGCCCCGACUCCUAAGGCAGAGGUCACCAUGGCUUCUGAGGAGACCCCGACGCCAGAACAAGAGGCACAAACAGAGCCAACACCAGUGCCAGAGCCCACGCCAGAGCUGGUGGUGCCAGGGCCAGAGCUGGUAACAGACCCGACACCAGGGCCAGAGCUGGUAACAGAGCUGACGCCAGAGCCCGAGCCAGUGCCACAGCCAACCCCAGAGCCAGAGCUGGUGACAGACCCGACACCAGUGCUGAUGCCAGAGCCAACACCGGAGCCAACACCAGAGCCAACGACAGAGCCGACGACAAUGCCGACGACAAUGCCGACGACAGAGCCGACGACAGAGCCGACGACAAUGCCGACGACAGUGCCGACGACAGAGCCGACGACAAUGCCGACGACAGUGCCGUUGCCAGAGCCAUCGCUAGUGCCAGAGGCGACACCAGAGCCAGAGGAGGAGCCAGAGGAGGAGCCAGAGCCAGAGGAGGAGCCAGAGUUGGUGCCCGAGCCGGAGCCAGAGCUGGUGCCAGAGCCGACACCAGAGCCAGCCAUCCCCCCGGUGCCCGAGGAGCGGGAACCGGCACCGGAUCCGGACAGGCUUCUGCUGAUCUCGGUGCCGUACCAGAGCCUGGUGCAGUUCUGCAACCUGCUCAGGGAUUUCCUGCAGUUCCUGAGGAGCCAGCUGGGCUGA